CCUCUAAACUGGUGGCUCCGUCUAUCUGUAAACCUGAGUCACGUGGGCUCGACCAUCUCCGAAGAAAGCCGAAGCAUAUCGCCCCGCCUUCACCCAAGCCGAAUGCCUCAGUUCCCGACUAUCCCCGAAGUCAGCUGAAGCUUGCGGCCCGUAUCCGAAUUGAGCUGACGUCCCCGACAAUAGCCGAAAAAAGCCGAAGCUUGUGGCCCCGCCUCCGAACUGAGAGCUCCAGCCCCGACUCUGCCCGGAAGAAUCCGAAGCGGUCGGCCCUGCCUCUUUCCGAACGCCCAACUCCAAGCCCCGCCUCUCCCCUCCCCGUCAGUCCCCCUUCCCUGCGAACCGAAGGCUCCGGCCCCGCCUCUUCCCGCCUGGAACCCCGCCCCCUACGUGCCCGCGGUCUGCGUCCCCGCUCUGUAGAUCCCGGACCGCGGGUCCAGCGGCGGACUCGCACUCCCAGGGGACUCCUUCCCUGCUCCGCACGGAGCCCUGACGGUGUCCGCGCGCCUGGCCCCCCCCGAGAGCGGAGGCGGGGGCCUGCGGGGCGUGGGAGGCGUGGCCCGAGCUGCUGGACCCCGCGGGCUGGGGACUGAUCGGCCGCCUCCUGCCGGCGCGGCGCAGAGUCGCGGGCCCAGACCAUGUCGCCUGAAGAGUGGACCUAUCUAGUGGUUCUUCUUAUCUCCAUCCCCAUCGGCUUCCUCUUUAAGAAAGCUGGACCCGGUCUGAAGCGAUGGGGGGCAGCGGCUGUGGGCCUGGGGCUCACCUUGUUCACCUGCGGACCUCACAGCUUGCAUUCUUUGGUCACCAUCCUCGGGACCUGGGCCCUUAUUCAGGCCCAACCCUGCUCCUGCCACGCCCUAGCUCUGGCCUGGACCUUCUCCUAUCUCCUCUUCUUCCGUGCCCUCAGCCUGCUGGGCCUGCCCACGCCCACGCCCUUCACCAACGCCGUCCAGCUGCUGCUCACGCUCAAGCUGGUGAGUCUGGCCAGUGAGGUACAGGACCUCCACCUGGCCCAGAGGAAGGAGAUGGCAGUGGGUUUCAGCAAGGGCCCCACCCUGGGGCUGCACCCUGACGUACCCUCGCUUAUGGAGACACUCAGCUACAGCUACUGCUACGUGGGAAUCAUGACAGGUGAGCGAGCCCAGCCCCCUCUGGGCUGUCUACAACACCCGUUCCCNGGGGCCGUGCCCAGCCUGCGGCCCCUGCUGCGCCGCGCCUGGCCGGCCCCGCUCUUUGGCCUGCUCUUCCUGCUGUCCUCGCACCUCUUCCCGCUGGAGGCCGUGCGCGAGGACGCCUUCUACGCCCGCCCGCUGCCCGCGCGCCUCUUCUACAUGAUCCCCGUCUUCUUCGCCUUCCGCAUGCGCUUCUACGUGGCCUGGAUUGCAGCCGAGUGCGGCUGCAUUGCCGCUGGCUUUGGGGCCUACCCGGUGGCCGCCAAAGCCCGGGCCGGGGGCGGCCCCACCCUCCAAUGCCCACCCCCCAGCAGUCCGGAGAAAGCGGCCGCCCUGGAGUACGACUAUGAGACCAUCCGCAACAUCGACUGCUACGGCACAGACUUCUGCGUGCGCGUGCGGGAUGGCAUGCGGUACUGGAACAUGACGGUGCAGUGGUGGCUGGCGCAGUAUAUCUACAAGAGCGCACCCGUGCGCUCCUACGUGCUGAGGAGCGCCUGGACCAUGCUGCUGAGCGCCUACUGGCACGGCCUGCACCCUGGCUACUACCUGAGCUUCCUGACCAUCCCGCUGUGCCUGGCGGCCGAGGGGCGGCUGGAGUCGGCCUUGCGGGGGCGGCUGGGCGCCGGGGGCCAGAAGGCCUGGGACUGGGUGCACUGGUUCCUGAAGAUGCGCGCCUACGAUUACAUGUGCAUGGGUUUCGUGCUCCUCUCGCUGGGCGACACGCUGCGUUACUGGGCCUCCGUCUAUUUCUGUAUCCACCUGCUGGCCCUGGCGGCCCUUGGGCUGGGGCUGGCGCUGGGCGGGGGCAGCCCGAGCCGGCGGAAAGCAGCCCCCCAGACCGCGGGCCCGGGGCCAGAAAAGCUCCGCGAGGAGUGAGUGAGUCCCCACCCACCCAACCAUGAGGACCUAGCUGCCCUGGGAGAAUGGCUGGAAGGUGCCCUGCGUGCGACCCCAACCUGAGCUCUCGCUGCCCCCCACCCCAACCCCGCACCUGCUCCAGUGCCUCGAGGAUCCAGACCACGAGGCCACCCGAAAGAUGGGGGCCUUCGGGGGAGGUGGGGCCCUCAGCGUGGGAUGAGGCGCCUCGGGGCCGGGCUCCAGGGAGUGGGGUCUCGCUUUCCUCUCUCUCUCUGUAUUUUUCUUAUCUCACGGAAUCAUGGUUUUGAAAACGGGGAGCGGGCUGACCUGCCUAUUCCGUCCCCGGGGGACACUGAGGCUCGGUCCCCACCAGGCUUGGGGACCACCACAGGGCCCCUCUCACCCUCCCAUCAGGCUCCCUGGGCCUCGACAGGGGCCGGUCAGUGUUAAAAUCGUAUACCCAAUAAAGUGUUGCGCAAGAAG